CAGUUAGCAUUGAAUGUCACCUGGAACCUACCACUCCAGACACUGCAGCUUACCUGCGCUCCCGGUCAUUGGUACCGCAUGUGGAUGUCAUUAACAUGAUCACAACCAAAAGACCUUGGAAUAGACUACUCGGCGCAUUCCCGUCAACAACGACAUUCGCUUACCAACCUCGAAUCGCAAUGAGGAUGAGCAGCUCCUCGCCGUCCGGCCCGGCAUCCGCGCAAAAGCCCAUCUACUUCGGUCCCUUUGACGUCACAAACCAAGUCUUCCUCACAACACCCCACUCGUUCGCCCUCGUCAACCUCAAGCCGCUGCUGCCGGGCCACGUCCUCGUCUGCCCGCUGCGCCCACACCGGCGCCUGACUGACCUCUCGCCGGCCGAAAUCACCGACCUGUUCCAGGCCGUGCAGCGCGUCCAGCGCAUGCUGGCCCGCCAUUACUUCCUGCCCUCCGCCUCCUCCUCAUCCUCCUCCAGUUCCAAUAUCGAGAAGGGGAGGGAGAGCGCGCCGCAACCAGCGCCCGAGCCCGAGCUUGAGCUUGGCUCCUUCAAUAUCGCCCUGCAGGACGGGCCUGAGGCAGGCCAGACCGUUCCCCAUGUGCACGUCCACAUCAUCCCCCGCAUCCGCGGCACGACCGCCAAGCCAGCCGACACGCCAUCAGACCGCAUCUACGAGCAGAUGGCCGACGAGGCGGGCAACGUGGGCGGCGCGCUGUGGGACCGCCACCAGCAGCAGCAGCAGCAGGAGCAGGAGGAGGAGCAGCACCAACAGCAGCAGCACCACCAGCCGCAACAGCAGCACCAGCAGUCCUCCGCCGACGCCGCAGAGGCUCGCCAGGCUGCAGCCGGGGAGGGGAUGGGGGCGAUGAUGGCCGGGCGACCGCGGCCGGGGGGCAGUUUUCCCAGCAUUGAGGACGCGGCGCGGUUGCCGCGCGGGAUGGCGGACAUGGAGGCGGAGGCGGCGGUGUAUCGCGCGGUGUUGGCGGCUAUGGGGAGGGAGGAGGUUGGGGAUGGGGAAGGGGCAUAGUUAGCGGGGACGGGACGGGGAUGGAUGGGUCGCUUUUGUCAUGUCUUGCACGAUUGGUGUUAACUGGCAG